AUGUUAUCCCGUAUUGAUAGCGCGGAGCGCAUACCACUUUGGUUGGAUUGUGAUCCAGGACACGAUGACGCAUUUGCAAUCUUGAUCGCUGCUCAUCACCCUUCUCUGAACCUCCUUGGAAUAACAACCAUCCAUGGCAAUGCCUCUCUGGAGGACACGACCUACAAUGCUAGAAGUAUCUUAGAAGCCAUCGGAAGGCCCGAGGUCCCUGUCUACCCUGGAAGCCGGAAACCAUUCUCACGUCCUCCAUUACACGCUCCGGAUAUCCAUGGUGAAUCUGGCCUUGACGGCACCGAUCUCCUGCCUAAACCUUCCAUCCCUCCGGUUACAAACGAGAAUCCGAUCCUGGCUAUGCGAAAUGCGCUCUUGGCCCAGCCAAAGGGUACCGCAUGGGUAGUUGCAACGGGGACACUGACUAAUAUUGCCCUACUAUUCGCAACAUUUCCAGAGGUUGCAGGGCAUAUCCAGGGGUUGAGCAUCAUGGGAGGCGCUAUUGGUGGAGGCUUCACAGAUGCUCCCAUGAGCAGGUUGCCUGGAGAAGAGUCCCGUAUCGGAAACAUCACUCCUUGGGCCGAGUUCAAUCUUUACUGUGAUCCCGAGUCCUCCGAGGCCAUCUUCAGCAACCCAGUUCUUGCCCCGAAGACCACGAUUGUCGCGUUGGACCUAACCCACCAGGUUCUCGCAUCUCAAGAUGUGCAAACCCGCAUUUUGCAUGGCGGGAGCGACGCAUCGAAGCCGCCGACUGUCAUUCGCCAGAUUUUGCAUGCCCUGCUGACUUUCUUUGCGGCGACAUACGAGAAAGUGUUUGGCUUGACGACUGGUCCCCCUCUACAUGAUCCACUUGCAGUAGCGGUUCUCCUGUCGACACUGAACCCAUCUUUUGCUUCGAAGCACCCUGAUCAGGCCCUCAAAUUUGACGAUAAGGAUGGAGAACGAUUUGCCCUCAGCAUUGUGACCGACGGUUGUCAUGGCAAGGAUGUUUCAAUAACCGGUCAACUGGGACGCUCGCUUGCUACUCCUGUUGAUGGCCCAGGUGUAGCUGUUCCGAGAGGUGUUGAUCUCGAGGCAUUCUGGACCAUCAUUUUGGACUGUGUGCAGCUGGCUGACGACUGUAAUGCGACUCGCUCAUGA